UCCCGCUCUUGAUCGCUCCGGCUCCGGCGCCGACUUCGGCUCCUCCCGGCCGCCCGGGGCCGAGGCGACGUGAGGUUGUAAAAAUCCAUGUGGGACGGCCCCGGGGCGAGCAUCGCAAAGAUCUCUGAUUGGAGUCAUUUUCUGGUACAGACUGUGAAAAGAAUGCAGUGAAAAAUCCUGGUCAACAGUGGAAAUACUGACUUAAACUCCAGCUUAGUAUAGCAUUUCUUCUCUUCAGUAGCACCUCAUAAUAUAAGAAAAAUGUAUGGAAGUGCAAGAACAAUCACCAAUCUGGAAGGCAGCCCUUCCAGAUCACCUCGUCUGCCAAGGUCUCCUCGUUUGGGCCACCGAAGAACGAGUAGUGGGGGAGGGGGAGGAACAGGCAAGACGCUGUCUAUGGAGAAUAUCCAGUCCCUUAAUGCAGCCUAUGCUACAUCUGGACCCAUGUACCUCAGUGAUCAUGAGGGGGUGGCUUCAACAACGUACCCAAAGGGCACCAUGACUCUGGGCAGGGCCACUAAUCGAGCUGUAUAUGGAGGCCGAGUCACAGCUAUGGGGAGUAGUCCCAAUAUUGCUUCUGCAGGACUUUCCCACACAGAUGUCCUUUCAUACACUGAUCAACAUGGUGGCCUGAGUGGCUCAUCCCAUCACCACCACCACCAGGUCCCCUCCAUGUUGAGGCAGGUAAGAGAUAGCACAAUGUUAGAUCUUCAAGCCCAGCUCAAGGAACUCCAGAGAGAGAAUGACCUUCUCCGGAAAGAACUAGACAUCAAGGACAGCAAGCUGGGAUCUUCCAUGAACAGUAUCAAGACCUUCUGGAGUCCUGAACUUAAGAAGGAGAGAGUCUUGAGGAAAGAAGAGGCAGCCAGGAUGUCUGUCCUUAAGGAGCAGAUGAGGGUUUCUCAUGAAGAAAAUCAGCACCUGCAAUUGACAAUCCAGGCCCUUCAGGAUGAGCUGCGAACCCAGAGAGACCUUAACCACCUCCUGCAGCAGGAGAGUGGUAACCGUGGAGCAGAGCAUUUCACCAUUGAGCUGACGGAGGAGAACUUUAGGAGGCUCCAGGCUGAACAUGACAGACAGGCCAAGGAGCUCUUCCUUCUGAGGAAGACAUUGGAGGAAAUGGAGCUAAGAAUUGAGACACAGAAACAGACCCUCAAUGCCCGAGAUGAGUCGAUUAAAAAACUCCUGGAGAUGUUGCAAAGCAAAGGUUUGCCAUCCAAAAACCUUGAGGAUGACAAUGAACGGACACGCCGGAUGGCAGAGGCUGAGUCUCAGGUCAGCCACUUGGAAGUAAUUUUAGACCAGAAAGAGAAGGAAAACAUUCAUCUGAGAGAGGAAUUGCACCGAAGAAGCCAACUUCAGCCGGAGCCAGCCAAGACGAAGGCUCUCCAGACUGUCAUUGAAAUGAAGGAAUCUCCAAGUUUUAAUUUUGAUCCUGAUUUGAUCUGGCAGGACACAAAAAUCGCUUCACUGGAGCGAAACAUAAGGGAUCUUGAGGAUGAGAUCCAGAUGUUAAAAGCCAAUGGUGUGCUGAAUACUGAGGACCGUGAAGAAGAGAUCAAACAAAUAGAGGUUUACAAAAGUCACUCCAAGUUUAUGAAGACCAAGAUUGAUCAACUGAAGCAGGAACUUUCAAAGAAGGAGUCAGAACUUCUUGCCUUACAAACAAAGCUUGAAACCCUUAGCAAUCAAAAUUCAGAUUGCAAGCAACACAUCGAAGUGCUUAAAGAGUCGCUUACUGCCAAAGAACAGAGGGCUGCCAUUCUUCAGACUGAGGUAGAUGCAUUGAGAUUACGACUGGAAGAAAAAGAAUCUUUUCUUAAUAAAAAAACAAAACAAUUGCAGGAUCUCACUGAAGAGAAGGGAACACUGGCUGGAGAGAUUCGUGACAUGAAAGACAUGUUAGAAGUAAAGGAAAGAAAAAUUAAUGUUCUUCAGAAAAAGAUUGAAAACUUGCAAGAACAACUUAGGGAUAAAGACAAGCAACUGACCAAUCUGAAAGACAGAGUGAAGUCCUUGCAGACGGAUUCCAGUAACACAGAUACUGCGCUGGCGACGCUAGAGGAGGCUCUGUCAGAGAAGGAGAGAAUAAUAGAGCGUUUGAAAGAACAGAGGGAGAGAGAUGAUCGGGAAAGACUAGAAGAGAUAGAAUCCUUCCGCAAAGAGAACAAGGACCUGAAAGAAAAGGUCAAUGCUUUACAAGCUGAACUCACAGAAAAAGAGUCUAGUUUAAUUGACCUCAAAGAACAUGCAUCUUCAUUAGCUUCUGCAGGACUGAAAAGGGAUUCCAAAUUAAAAUCUCUAGAAAUAGCCAUCGAACAAAAGAAAGAGGAAUGUAGCAAACUAGAAGCACAGUUAAAAAAGCAAGCUGAGCAGUUGUUCAAUCAGAUGUACAACCCAGCACAUAAUAUUGAAGAUGACUCCAGGAUGAACCCUGAGUUUGCAGACCGACUAAAACAGCUUGAUAAAGAGGCAUCUUACUACCGUGAUGAAUGUGGCAAGGCCCAGGCCGAAGUGGACCGGUUGCUGGAGAUCCUCAAAGAGGUGGAAAAUGAAAAGAAUGACAAGGACAAGAAGAUCGCAGAACUUGAGAGCUUGACUCUCAGGCACAUGAAGGAUCAAAAUAAGAAGGUGGCCAACCUCAAGCACAAUCAACAGCUGGAAAAGAAGAAGAAUGCCCAGUUAUUAGAAGAAGUUCGCAGGCGAGAAGAUAGCAUGGCUGACAACUCACAGCAUUUGCAGAUUGAGGAACUGAUGAAUGCCUUGGAGAAGACCAGGCAAGAACUGGAUGCCACCAAAGCCCGACUUGCCUCUACACAGCAGUCCCUGGCUGAGAAAGAAGCACACUUGGCCAACCUGCGGAUAGAGAGGAGGAAACAGCUGGAGGAGAUCCUGGAAAUGAAACAGGAAGCACUACUUGCAGCGAUCAGUGAAAAAGAUGCAAACAUUGCCUUGCUGGAAUUGUCUGCCUCCAAAAAGAAAAAAAAAACGCAGGAGGAAGUCAUGGCUCUCAAGCGGGAGAAAGACCGACUAGUGCAUCAGUUAAAGCAGCAGGUUUAUAGACCUAAGAAACAUCCCCUGAGCUCGAAUAUACCAUGCCCUUGUGAUGCUGGCUACAGCCCAGAUAUUACGGCCAAGUACCACGGGUCCAGCUACGAUGCAUACGUGAGCCAGAGGUCUCAGACCCAGAACAGAAUGAAACUGAUGGCAGACAACUAUGAUGAAGACCAUCACCAUUACCACCACCACCACCACCACCACCACCAUCGAUCUCCUGGGAGGUCGCAACAUUCCAAUCACAGGCCCUCUCCGGACCAGGAUGACGAGGAGGGCAUAUGGGCAUAGCCGGGCCUGUAAACCAAAGUUCCAGUUUUGUUUUGAGGGCUAUCAGAAGGGCUGAACCCAGGGGAAGUGCAGCUCUGCGGCAAUAUUCUGACACUCCUUUGCAGUGGGCUCACGUCACUGUCCACCACCACCCGGAGCAGCUCGGCAGAACCAAAGGGGAGUUUUCGCUUUCAUUCUCCAGCACGAUUCUGUUCAGCUUGGUAUUUCCUUCAUCAUCUCAUGUCAUUUCUCAUGGAUUCGGCUUGGGGAGGAAGAAUGCAGAGGUGGAGAAAAAGACACAUCCUCCAUUUUAUGUUGGGAUCUGGGCAUUUGAGCAUGGGACCUUCUCUUCUGAGUGCAUUAUUUGAUAGCAUUUUAUUUCUGUUACUGACCCUCAUUGGAUAUGUUGGAACUCCAUGGGAUUUUAACUAUGGUUUCAGCUUCUGUUGGACAACUAGCUUCAUCUCCAGUUAUCCUGCUGGUUCGUCUCAGUGGUCAUUCCUAAUGCAUUAGAUUACCAAACAGUGUACAUUUGUUUGCGAGCGUGUGGUGUUGGCAGUGUUUGUCAACCACGAUGCAUGGAGCAUUUGACAAAGAAACCAAAACACCAAAAAGGGCGAGCCUUUACCCUCCUCUGUUUCUUUAAUCCGCUGUUCCAAGAACCAUGUUUUGAUGGUACAACCAGUAGUUACCUCUGGGCCAGGUUGGAAAUGAUAUCAAUUUUUUAAACCACUAAUACUUGCCAAGAAAUCGCCUUAUGAGAAUAUGGUGUGUGUCUCUGACAAUGCAUGGCACAUCUAAAUUGUUCAUUCAUAAUUUUAUUUCCCUGCCUAAGUACUGGAAGUGGCAACAGCCUGAGGCGCCUGCAUAUCAUCUCCGUGUGUUCCCUGUACCCCAGGGCCAGGACGCUGGACCCAGCCUCAGGCUCUUACCAUUCUGUACUCGCAGGUCUCCGCAAAGAAGCUGGGACGCAUUCACACUUCAAGAUCCAAAAGCUGUGCAAACAACGUAAGCUUAGAACUUCUGUACAGGAAGGGUCAUUUCUCAUUUUUUUAAACGUCUCCAACAUGAAUUCCAAAGCAUUUUCAGCAUCAAACACGAAAACAUUGAUGAAUGAGGAACAAUCCCAAAAGCUGUGUAUCUGUAUAUAGUCCGACACAACACAUAUGUGGAUACAGAGUCAUUAUUUAAAGCCCGUGCCAGGGAAAGAGACCAAAUUUCAAGGUCUUUUACAUAUAGUGACAUGGUACUAAGGAGAAUUAAACUCCUACUGCUUCCUUUGAAGAUUAAAAACUUUUAAGUUGUAUUGACUUCGUAAAACUCAUGACUGAGUCUGGCAAAAUGCGUGCAACUCUUGUAUUGAUCCAUUUUCUUGUCAAUGGAAGAAACCCUUCCACGUGUAUGCAAGUGGGAGAUGAAAACCUGCAUUCUUAAAGGACAAACAGUGAAUUUAAGCAUGAGUGGCCUUAAUAAAUAUAGUUGUCUUUCUUUGCUGCUGUGGAAAGGAUUCUAAACAGAUGUUCCUGAAGUCCUGCAUUGAAUUUAGUCAUUAUUACUUUUUAAAAUGUUGGUGCAAUUAACUCUGGACCUCUCUUGUGAGCCAUAGAGAUAUUAAAAGACAAACUUCUUAUUUGUUGGGAAGAUAAAACUGUCUCUAAGCUGCACCGUUCCCUCUUGGUGCAUCAGAAGUCAUAUAUUCAAGCUGGUUUCUUGCUUCUGGCUUUGUUCUUGUUGUCAGUAUAGCAAACUAUGUAAAAGCUUUCGUGUUGCAUAAACAAUCCCAAUACAUUCAUGUUUAAAAAGUUUGUCCUUUAACUAUUCAAGGGAUCUAGGUCUUGGUUGGAGGAGUGAGCAGAGUUCUUUGCAAGCUUAUUUAGUACGUUUUGACACAAUAUCACACUGAAACCACAGGCCACAGACACAUCCCCAUGAACAGUUUGUCCUCACUGCCUCCUAUAACCAGGUCCUGGCCUGAACUCUGCAACUGAAUACUUGAAGUAGGAAGUAGGAUAUCCAGUAGGGGAAGUAGGAUCCUUGAAAUAGGUAAAAAAAAAAAAAAAAAAAAAAAAAAAAAAUUAAUUAAAGUAAACACACCCAACCGUGAUAGUUAGCUAUUUCUAUGUUCGUGCCAAUUUUGUCACAGUUAUUGUUUGAGGGAUCGUUUUGGCUCUACUUUUGUUGGUUGAAAGUAUUAUUGAUCUUACCUUUAUGCAAGCACCUAAUUUAGUCUCUUAAAUUCUAUCUGCAGCAUCUUUUCUCAUUUCAUGUAAUAUUCUCUAAUGUCUGGGGUUUGCACAAAACAAAAAUCCCUUUCACACAUUAAUAAUAGCCUCUGGGUUUACAACAAACACUGUGAAGUUGGGAAGAUAUUUCCUUUGCACAAACUUUAGCAAGUUCCCUUCUAAUCAUGAUGCAGUUGGAAAAAAAAAAGUUUGGGCUAACAUUUAGGAAAAGUUGGUCUAAGUCUUUUUGUGGGCAGAUGCAGGCUUGUAAUUUCUACCCCAUUUAAUUUCUAUGUACAGUCUCAAUUUUGUAUUUAAUGAUUUUUGUGUAUCCAGUGUGCACGUUAACAGCGUGUCGACUUCCAUUUGAGAGUGGGUUUUACUUUUUAAACAGUGUUUCUGAUGAGACCUCAAAUGUGUUGACAUCAGCUCUCUCUGCGACGUUUUUGUGUGGAGUGGUGUUUGAAUGCUGCCAGGGGUCAGUGUGUCCACUUCCCUGAGACCCUCGUUUGAUAGUGCUUCCUGUAAAAUUUCUUCAAGUGAGUGGCAUGUGGGUUGUGAUAUUGACCAUGUGAUUAUGGACAUCGAUAUGAAAAAAAUAAAAAUAAAAAUAAGGAACCCUGGAAACUACCAGUGGGCAUGUAUUAGCCAGUCAUUGUAACCUUGUGUCUAGUAGAAGUACAACGUACAAGGUAUGUACAGUUCAUAAUUUGUUAUCAUGUGUAUGAGAAGUACUUUGUGCUGAUCGCCUUAUUUAUAUUCAUCAAAUAAACCUUGUUUCUUUCUGAA